AUGAUUGAUAUGUUAGGCGUAGCUUUGCUACUAAUGUCAGCAAUACUUGUUAUUUAGUCUGCAGUUGGAAGUUAUUUUGCCCAUAAAAAGAUUCGUAUGUUACAUGAAUCAGGUGUUGCUAUUCUACUUGGAAUGAUUCUAUCAGCAAUCUGCAAAUUUUGUUUUGACUACUCUUUAAAACUUAAUAAAUAAGUGUUUUUAUACGGAUUCCUACCAAUUAUUGUUUUUGCUGAAGGAUUUUCUUUAAAAAAGAGAUAUUUUUUUAAGAAUAUGAUGCCAAUCAUCUUAUACGGGUUAUUAGGGACAAUUAUCACAAUGGCAACUACAGCUAUUCUUAUUCAAAUAGUUACUGAGUAGGAAUUGGUUUACAUUUAAAUACCAAGUAGUAAGAAUAAUGAUUAGAAUUAAGAUUAGGAUCCAGAUUAAGAUGAUUAUAAUAGCUUAUCUUAUCCAAUUUAGUUUGCCCCUAAAGAAAUUCUGCUUUUUGCAUCAGCCUUUAGUUCCAAAGAUAGCUUUAUGGCUAGUACUAUGGUAGAUCAUCAUAGUUUCCCUAGGAUUUUCCACAUAAUAUUUGGCGAAGGUAUUGUAAAUGACGCCACAGCUCUACUUUUGUUUGAUAGCUUUGAAUAAUUAGUAGAUGAAGAAAAAACAAUACAAUGGAAUAUACUUCCAAAUAUUCUUUUGAAUUUCAUAAAAAGUCUUGUCAUUAGUCUUUCUGUAGGAAUUAGCUUUGGCGUUUUAUGCAGUCUGAUUUUGAAGUACUUGACGUUUAUUUAGAAAACAGUAAUACAUGAAGCUCUAAUAAUAUUUUUUUGCUCUUUUUGCAGUUACUCAUUAAUAGAAUCUAUGCAUUUAUCUGGUGUGGUUUCUCUAUUGUUUUGUGGUAUUGUUUGUGGACACUUUGCUUUUUAUAAUUUAUCUGAGAAAGGAAUGAUUUGCUGUAAUUAUACUUUUCAUAUUAUAUCUAGUGGAGCAGAAAAUUGCUUAUUUGCUUACAUUGGCUUUACGACAUUUAAUACAUAUGAUUAUGCUUGGAGCUUUUCUUUUAUAGGAUUUGUUUUAGUUUUUCUUUUAACUUCCCGUAUUUUAAGUGUAUUUAUGACAAGUUUAAUAACUGAUCUAAUUUUGAGAUGCUUUGGUAAAAGAUACGAUGUGAGCUUUAGAGAUCAGAUUGUGCUUGCCCUCACAGGCAUGAGCAGAGGAGUAUUAGGAUAUAUCCUGGUUCAAAGAUUAGAUACAUACAAUACUUAAGAUGAUUUUUAUUUGGUUUUGCAAUCUACAAUUGUAGCUAUCAUUGUUUUAACUACUUUUUUGUUUGGACUUAUAACACCCAAAAUAGUUGACUGCUGCCUUGUCACACCUGAUCCAUUUAGGAAUUCAAAUUCACUUUUUAUGAAUAAUUAACCAAUAAAAACAUAAGAAAAUCGGUAGGAUAGUAAAGCUUAGCAUGAUGAAGAAUCAGAUUGUGAGAAGGGAUAAAAUAAUGUUUAGUAAAAAGAGAUUGAAAUAAAUUAAUAAUCAUAGAAAGAUAUUUUUAAAAAACAAAUGAAAGAAUACUUGUUGACUAAGAAACCAAUUGACCAAAGUGCAGUUAACAAAAGUUAUUCUUUAAAAUUUCGUUAAUUUUAUAUUUUAAAAAUUAAACCAUUUUUGAUCAGAGACUUCUUUGAGAGAUAUCCCAUUUUAUAGUAAUGCAAAAUUUAUUUUAAGAAUGAUAAAUUUGAUAUUCGUCGUCCUGAAGCAUAAGCUUUAGAUUAAAUUUUAUUGCACAAGUCUAUAGAAUAAAGAGUUGCUACUUUUUAGUCAAAUAGCAUUAAUGAAAGUCCGAAAAGCUCAAUAGUUAUGAAUAUCGAAUAAAGUCAAGAAGAAAAUGAAAUAAAUUAAAUAGAAUCUAUCAUUAUUGAAUCAUUCAAGGAGUAACAAAGUUUAAAAGAAAAAUAAAAUUGA